AAUCACCUAACACUCUGACAGACAGCGACAAGCCCCCUGAAAGCAAAUGAGUCUGAUUUAUUUGGCUGCAAAAACACCCGGAAACGCGUGCUGAUAUAUCUGCGUGUUUUUCUGCGUGAUGCUGCUCGGUUCUGCGCGUUGUUGUUUGUUUUUGAGCAAGUCUGUUUGAGUUCGUGCAGACUUCUUCCUGCUGGAUAAUUUUACUGCUGCUUGCUUCUGGUGGCCCGGGAGCUCGGGAGAAGGGAAGAGGAGAAAAACAAGUUUCUUGAAUCGGUCCCCUGUCCCGUCAAGCUGCAGCAUCGGGGGAAACCGAACCACUGGCCUGAGCUGGGUGGAGCAGUGACCGCCUGUAGCAUGAUGUCCUACCUCAAACAGCCCCCCUACGGCGUCAACGGCCUGGGGCUCAGCGGCGCGGCCAUGGACCUGCUGCACCCCUCCGUGGGCUACCCAUCGACUCCCAGGAAGCAGCGGAGGGAGCGGACCACUUUCACCCGCUCUCAGCUCGACAUCCUGGAGGCUCUGUUCGGGAAGACCCGGUACCCGGACAUCUUCAUGCGGGAGGAGGUCGCACUGAAGAUCAACCUGCCGGAGUCCAGAGUCCAGGUGUGGUUCAAGAACCGGAGGGCCAAGUGUCGCCAGCAGCAGCAGAGCGGCAACAGUGCCAAAGCCCGGCCGCCCAAGAAGAAGUCGUCCCCGGCCCGGGAGAGCACCGGCUCCGAGAGCAGCGGACAGUUCACUCCACCCGCCGUCUCCAGCACCGGCUCGUCCUCGUCCUCAUCCUCCUCCACCAAUCAGACGGGCCCUGCGGCGCUCAGCAGCACCUCUACCUCCAUCAGCACCGUCUCCUCCAUCUGGAGCCCUGCUAUCUCCCCCGGAAACGCUCCUGCUCCUGCGGUGGCCCCGAUCCCCGAGCCCGGACCCCCGUCUAACGCCUCCUGUAUGCAGCGUUCAAUGUCAGGCUCUGCAGCCGCCGCCACCUCCUACCCCAUGUCCUAUAACCAGACUCCGGGGUACGGACAGGGCUACCCCACCCCGUCCAGCUCUUACUUCAGCGGCGUGGAUUGUGGUUCCUACCUGGCCCCCAUGCACUCCCACCACCACCCCCACCAGCUCAGCCCCAUGACGGCCUCCUCCAUGUCCGGCCACCCGCACCACCACAUCAGCCAGUCGUCGGGCCACCACCACCACCAUCACCACCAGGCGUACGGAGGCUCCGGCCUGGCCUUCAACUCCUCUGACUGCCUGGAUUACAAAGAGCAGACUGCAGCCUCCUCGUGGAAGCUCAACUUUAACACCACAGACUGCUUGGACUACAAAGACCAGGCCUCCUGGAGGUUCCAAGUCUUGUGAUCGGGCUUUCUUUUUUUUCUUCCUCCUCUUCCCUACCCUGCUCGUCAGCUUCUUUUAUUUUCCAGAUUAGCAUAUUGCUUGUUUUUGAAAGACAAUAAGAGUUUAUGAACCAUAAGGUUGCAGCAAUCGGACUUUGUUUUACCCUCUCGGUCUUUUUAAAAACAAAAAAUUGAAGAGAAACCGUCCCUCGAAUCCCGAGGAGAGCAAACAUCAGGAGCAGUUUCCUGACGAUGAAGAAUGGGUUUUUAAAAGACGCUGAUUCUUGGAUGACCUUAAGAAAACCAAACUGUUUUUGAAAACUACAAAAAAAAAAGUCACUUCAACCAAACUCCUUCGACCAGCAGCUCUCUGGAUGGGAGGAAUAUUUUCCCCUCGACAGGAACUGCCCUCUUUACCUCCGAAACCCCAAAUCAAAUCCUGUAAAGUUUUUAUUUCUGAAAUUUGUUAUUUUAGGAUGACAGAGAUUUUUAGUCAGCUACAUCGCGGAGCUGAAAUAUGUAAAUAUGUAUUUGGGUCAGUUACAGUGACCAUGUUUAGUUGGUGUUUUUUUUUUCUUUCCGAAUUUGAAAUUGUUUAUUACCACUUUGGGAGAAAAAAAAAGAUUCAAAAAACCCUGUAUGUAAAUCUUUCCAAAUAUUCCAAAGAGAACAAAUUGGCCAUAAGGUUCAGCUUUUAUAUACGUUGUUUUACUCAGAAAAAAAUGUUUUGGCAAUUUGAAAUGUCUCGGGAGGGGGGGGGGGGAUAAAACUCUAAAAUAUAGAUGCAGUUUGUUUUCCGGAUAUUAUUAUUAUUAUUCUAACCUCUCUACAUUUUCAAACCAGACCUCCUCUCUUGGGCAUUGUCGUGAUAUAUUGGACAUGUUUGAACCGCAGCACUUGGCUUGAAAUUGGAGUCAGAGCAUUUUUAAUUUUUGGAGAGGAAAAAUGUGGAUUUGUUAGCUCCAAAAUGACAGUAAGAUGUUGAAUGUAUCUUAAAGGCGAACCACCCUUACAUACAUGUUCAUCCAAUAAAGAUCCGUUAAGUCAUA